GUGCAGAACGAGCACGAAUCCUGGCUCAGAACCUGCAGCCUGGUCAGAAGCAAACCGCUGAGGCGGCGUUGGCCGGGCUAUGUGCGGAGCUGCGAAGCGGCCAGGUAAACCUACUGAACGAGUAUGUGCAAAUGUCGCCGCAGUGUGCCGAGCUGUUCACCCUCUGGGAGAACCAGGAGUCUGGAGACGGCAAUCGCUUGGUGACGCUGGUCAUCGAAACUUUAGCCUGUGUCCUCGAGGGCAAAUUUGAUGAAGGUGCACGGACGGCGAAGACGCGCCACGGUGUGGCGGCAAAAGUGCUUUCUGAGCACUUGCAGCUACUCUACCGCUACCUUGGCACAGAGCGUGAUCAGCUGCUGAAAGUUUGCCUCAGGCUCUUGGCUGGAGUGAGUUCAACGAGUCAGGCUCUGUCAGCUCAACUGCUUCGGAGCUUCAACUUCGGCUUCGAUGGCUUCGGGCGGCUUUCGGGGAGACGGUAUCACGUCUCCAAGAAAGACAAGGGCCGGGCAGAUGUUGGCAAAGUGGACGUCAGGAGCUAUUUUUCCUCCUUCGCAAUGAGUUUCUUACGCUGGAAAGAUCCAGCGAUGACCUCGUCAGCUUUGGGCAUUAAAGACCUCGUUGGAGGUGUGCUCCGGGGCUUAUCACAGGAUCCACCAGAGCAAGCUCUUGGAGUUGUGCGUGAUAUCUUGGAGUUGGUGGUCCGGUUGAGACAGCUACCCAGGCAGGCCAAGGUCUUCUUCUUCAAUGCUUUUGCAUUGCGAAACCUUUGCUCUUUGCUUGGCUCCGAGCACAAGGAGGUCUCUGCCAGUGCCAGCGAACUUCUGAAAGAGGUUUGCUGCAGCACACAGUUGUUCCCUCCACACAAGGAAGAGCUCCUCUUGGACAUUUGCCUGGAACUUCGCCCUCAUGAACCGCAGCAGGACUUGGUGAUCGCAGUUCUUCGCAGUCACCCAGCCCUACAUUUGCAGUUCUGCUCCAGGUUGAAGCUGCCUCUUCAACCACGCUUCUCGAGGGGGUGGCUUUUGAAUGUCCGCUUUCUUCGGACCUUGCUGGAGAUGGACGUCUCCUCCGUGCGUUCGGAGGCACUGACUUUAAUUGGCAGCGAAAAGACAGAGGCGAUUCAAGAACUGCGAUUGUCCUGGAUUCAAGAAGCCUUAGUGCCAAAAGCGAUGCAGAAAACCUUGAUCACACAGGCUCUGCUGCAGAAGAAUGCAGUAGUUCAGCUAGGAGCUUUGCAGCUUCUUAUUGCAGCUUUGGACCGCCUGCAGCGGGCCUUCAGCUUUAGUGGUUGGGAAACAGCUGAGAGGGAGGAGCUGCUGCAGCGAACGCAGCAACAGUUGCCAGAGCUGAAUACCUUCCUGUUGCUUUGGCAGCGCCUCAGUAAGGAGGAGGCAUCCUUUGACCUGAAGCAGCAAGGGUCGACGUCGAAACGGGCACAGCCUCUGCCGGAAGGCGAAGACGGUUUAGAGGCAGAAGCGCCUCAGGAAGAGAAUGGUGAGGGUGAAGCCUUGCAGGUCACCCCAGAAGAGGUGGCCAAGUGGCUUGGGCUCAAGGGUGUAGACCUCCCACCUCAUUUGGUCUUCACCUCCUGGUGCAAGAGUGUGCAGAGGUAUCUUGAGGUUCUUCCGCAAAGUGCUCUUGAUAUCAAGUUUGACUGGUCAAAGCUCUUGUCAGCCGUAGCCGCACCGAUCCUGGACUCAAAAGGUGCGCCAUGCUUUGAACGUGCAUUGGCAUGCGUCUCCUGUGUGGCUCCGGCCAUGCGUGCUCGCGCAGAAUCUAUGCAGCUGUCCAAAUCACAGCGAUCCUGGUUGGAGACCUUGCUGCGACUGCGCUCUGCCGAUGUUUGCACCGAGCUCCGUCAAGAGUGCACUGAGCAAACGGUGGAGUUUCUUUUGGGCCGGGGUUUGCUGGGUUCCGACGAGAAGUUGGAGAUCAAGCUCCUUUUGACAGCCCUGGAGAAGCGGCCCCAGUGUGUGGGCUUCCUUGGCCAGGUGCUGCAAGCACUCUUUGCCCGACCUGGGUACUUCAUGUCUUUGGUGGAGGCACCCUCCCUGCUGCCGGUCGCAUUGCUGCAGCACCUCACAAGACGAGACCCACAGAGCCUGGCCUUGCCCGGGAAUGCGCCAGCUGAGCAGCGUUUGAAGAUGGCAACAGCAUGUUCCAAGAUGGUGAAGCAGUUCCUGCUGCUGAUGGCGACGUCUUUGCCAGAGACGGCAAAGCCUCUACUGUCUGUGGUUCGUGGGAUUGGAGAAUGGCGUGCGGGGUCUGUGUCCACACCUGAAGAGCAGGCAAAGGAGACGGUGGAAGGUGAAGGACCUCAAAAUGGAAUUGAAGAGAUCCGCCAGCAACUCCUUGAGAAGCUUCAAUCCAAGAAGCGAAAGCGUGACGAAGAUCCUCCCGUUGAGGCAGUGGCUGACAGCGCCCAAGUCGACAUAGCUGAUGAAGUCUUGAACACCAUGGUCUCUUUGCGCUCCAAGGCGGUGGACACUCACAAGCAACGAUUCCUGGAGCUGGAUGCCAAUCAGAGGCUCAGCGUCCUGCAUGGCUUGGUCAAGACCCCAUGCCCAGCUAUACCAAAGGUGAUUUGCUGGGACCGCAUGGCGCUUGUCCGGUUAGCACUCACCACCGAGCUGCUUCAGUUCCGGACACCUGAGUUGGAUUCAGGCUUGACUCUCCCUAUGGUUUCAUUGUUUCAGCAGCUCAGCUGGAUACAUCCGCAGAUUCGGAAAGCUUUGGCACUUCAACUUUCCUGGCUCAGCGGCAAACCUGCAGCAGUGCUGCGUUUGGCAGCGGCUUUGGCGCCGGAGCCGCUAGUGGCACUUGAUGGAGCCCAAACCGUUACUGCGGCCUCUUUGCAACCUUUACCGCCUGAGGACAGCUUGCGAUGCCUGUUUGCAAGCAAUCAUGCUCCAGUUCUGGAGAAGUUGGUUAUAGCAGCCCUGGAAGAAGAGGAGGGAGGGGCGUUCCGCUCUUGCAGCUUCCGGCUUGAGCUUGACCUAGCACGAGGCAAGGCAAAUGCCAUCGGCAACUUCUUGGAUUCCAUGAGUGCAAUUGAACUGUCUGAUGCGCAGAUGCUGACAGCUGCAAAGGUUCUUGUGAAGUCUCUGCCAGAGACUGCACUGGAGGAUCUGAGUGAGAAGCUGAAGGACUUGGUGAAGUCUUUCAGUGGCUGCACGGCAGAAGCAGCCGCCAUAGUGCUCAGGGCGUUGCACGGGCGCCAGCGGCAGUCUUGGCAGCUGCCAGCAGCCCGACGCUUGCUAUCCACGAGUGAAGACACCGAAGUGCCAGAGUGGCUCCUGCAACAUGCAGUGCUUUGGUGGCCCGAGCUUCAACAAGUACCUGGUGGUUCCAAGAAGUUGCAGGACUUUGUAGAGAAAGUGCAGAAGAGCUAUAGAGCCUCUUGUUCACCAAGAGACCUUUUGGCCCAAAAGCUGCUUCUGAGCAUGGAAGAUACGGACGAUGGACAAAGACCUCAAAGACCUUGGUCUUUCCGCUCCUGGGCGCAGAAUCUGAAACCUUGGAUUGCUUCUUGGGAGUGGGACUUAGAUCAACGCAGACUUCGGGCGACCACGGAUCACUUCCGCUUCAACCGGCUCGCAGAGGGCGACGCGUCUCCCUACUCUGACGCAUGGAAUCAGACUCUGGACAAAGCUGCCGAGAGUGACUCCUAUGACAUUGCUUACUUGCUCCCCUUCCUUGCGGGUCAGCUCAGGUUAACAUACCAGGAAAGUCAUGGUGUGGCCUCGCAGACGUUGGGGGCCACCCUGAAUGCUGUGAUGUGUGGUGGAACGCUGGAAAUACUCUUGCUGUCCACUGCUUGCAGCAAUGGGAUGCUUCGUGCUUGUGCUUUCGAGGCGCUCUCGAUCGUGCUUGCAAUGUCUUACUUUUGGAACGUGACCAGCUUCGAGAAGGACGAGGUGAACAAACGCCUGCCUUUUCGGGAGCUCCCGGAACUGGUUCGUUUGUUGUGCUUCGUGCGUGAUGGGAUUGAAGCUCCAGAGGAUGGUUUCCCUCCGACUCUGCCACGACUGGCGGCUUCCUUUUUUGCAGCGUGCGUGCCAAUUCUGAUUCAGCCCCAGCACAUGCUCUAUCAAAUGUUGGCAAAGUAUCUCUUUGGGAAACCGAUGGCCGAUUUCCAGGCAGUGCCCCUAUUCCUGAAACUGGUGCUUUCCGGCAAUAUGGACUCUAGCCAAGAGGCGCGGCUUUGGUUCUUGAGGCUGCUGCGGCGGGCUUUGGCCCCUGGAGGCAGAGCUGAACCUGGCGGGGACGAUUUGUCGAGGCGGGCCCUUGCCCGAGGGCAUGUACUGCCAUGGAUCAUGAGUUUAGCCGGCUCCAAAGAGCUUGGAAGCUUUCCGGUUCUACUCGAGGUGAUCAAUUGCUUGGAAGCUGCGUUGCGAGCUGCGACCUUUGCAGCUGAAGGAGUGGCUCUGAGACUCUCAGUUGCUGAAUGGACUGCCAAUCAGGCUGCGCGCCCUGGUGGUGCCCGUCAUUCGGUGCAGGUCCUGUUGUCAUUGGGACGUCUUGUCACUGCCUUGCUGAAGAUGCCAGGCCAUGAUUUGGAGAAGAGCCGGGUGGCCAACGAUGGCACGCAGCUCUUGGCUAUAGGCAGCUGA